AUGGCGCUCUCGACGUUUCCUUCUCUUCCUCGUCGCCUCACGAGACGCGAACCAACUCUCACCGUGAUUCACCGAAACCCGGCGACCUUAACCGUAUGUAAGUCUAUCGCUAAUUCAGAACCGGCGGUUUCACUCUCGGAACGGGAUGGAUUCUCAGCGGCAGCUCCUACCCCUGGAGAGAGGUUCUUGGAGAACCAACGAGCUCACGAAGCUAAUAAAAUGGUGAAGAAUGAGCUCAAACAGGAGAAGAAGAAAAGGAAGGAAUCGGUUGUACGGAAAGUUGUUGACACCUCCUCCGUCUCAUGUUGCUACGGAUGCGGAGCUCCGUUACAGACCUCCGACGUCGAUUCUCCGGGAUUCGUCGAUUUGGUUACUUACGAUUUGGUAUGA